UUCUUGGGUCAUAAGAGCCCUUAGUAUUGAAAAUGGUGUAGAGUGUAAAUAUGUGUACUGAUAUAUAUCUUUUCACGAGGCGAUUGGAUCUUGCGGGCAAAGAUAACGUCAAUUUCAUAGUAGCUGCCAAAGCUGGUAGCUGCGAAGCAUAGUGACGGCUAAACCUCACGGCAGACUAGCAUGACAAUUGUCAGCUCUUGCAUGUGAUGUGACUCUUUACUUGAUACUUGAUACUUGUACAGUACAACGUAUCAAGCCAUGUUACCUCUCUCCUUAUCCGAGUGAACACCAUGCAAGGGCGUAUGCUUACAACCACGCGAAGAAUGCAAGACACCCCAACAAGGGAGGAAAACCUAUCGCCAAUAUAUGAAAUUGGUGACAGACAUAGCAUAUCAAAAUCUAUGCACCAAGACUACCAAUCUCCAAUAAAACCUUCACAUCAUGCAGUUCUCACUCGCUCUUGCCAUCUCAAUCUACGUCGUCUUUGUAGCAGGCGCACCCAUUAUCUCAGAAGAUCCGCCCAAAACAUCACACCUCUAUCUCUGCACCGACGAAAGCUUCAAAGGCCAAUGCGAGAACUUUGAAGUCGAGCCGGGGAAAUGCUACAAUGUUCCCGAGGGAUACAAGAGCAAGAUUAGCUCGGGGGGACCGGAUAACGGGACCUUUUGCGCUGUGUAUGGGAGUGACGAGUGUAAAGGGAAGGCGUUCCCGUUUACGUUUCCGGGGGUGAUGAAUUUGACUAGGUAUGGGUACGGGGAUAAGGCGAGCAGUUAUCGAUGUGAUCUGCUAGGUGGGUUGGAUGAGUUGCACUGA